GCUGUCAGCCCGACCUUUUUGAUUGUUAUGGAAUAUAUCGUAUUGAACAUAUAAAUUUUGAGAAAUUAUUACUAAAUCAACAUCAAACUGUGCAUUUCUUAUACAUACAGGUGCUCAAAUUAUACUAGACUCAAACGUGCAAUGGAGCCGGACUAUAAUGUCAUAUUGUUGCCAAUUAUAUCGGCCGUUAUGUUGUCUUACAAUCGACCUGUAAGCUUGGAUGAAAUCGCCGAUGGAGUCAUGCUAUUGCUCAAAUCGCAACGUGAAAAACACAGCACGCCCCUUUCUUCCAGUCUGGAGGGCACCUCCAAUUCUAGCUAUGCACGGAUUGUACCUGCUAGAAAGAGAAAUUGAAGCUGCCCUGCCGUUGGAAUGACAAAAGGAAUUAUAAUUUAUAAUAUUUACACUAAUUGGCGUCUCUCAAGCAAUAUCUAAAAACAAAAAGUUAUUCGGCUACCAAAUUGCUGGCACUUAACAAAUAAACCAAUAAAACAACCAAA